UUUGUUUUACUGAACGUAAGGAUAUUUAAUUACCUUCAAACAAGUGGACAUGUUCUGUUGUGUGUGCUGUCUAAGUUGCAUUCAGUCAAACUAGGUUUACAUUAUUGAGAAAGCAAUAUACGACCUUGUGAGUAAAGUUGCAUUUUCAGAUUUUGCGUUCUACAGGGCAGAUGGUGCUAAGGUCAUCAGUUUCUAUGGCCAACGUUUAACAAGCAUGGUGUCAUGUUACCCACCACAACGACCAACCGCCUUUAUUUCCUCAACUAAAGUCAGGUACCUAUUAGAGUUGGGCGGACUCAGGGGCGCCCUAAAAAUUCCCGAAAAUCUUAAUCCCAGUCUUCAUCAAGAUCUGAACCCAAAACCCCAGGUUCGGAGGCCAAGCGCUUAAUCACUCAGCCACCACGCCCGCCCACAUGACCUUGUGAGAUGGGAGGCUAACUAAUGGAGGAUGAAGAAUUGUAUUUGUUUAAAGAAGUCCAUAGGCCUGAGAAACUGACGAGGAGUGAAACUGAAUCAUAAAUAAUAUGUUCAAUGAUGGAGGAUCUUCAUAAGAUGACGUCCAAAAAGUUUGAAAUUGCAAAAAGGAUUCAGGGCACUGAGAAAAAUGUCUGGGUUGACAUUUCCAAGCUGGCAGUGCAGCAGAAGUCAGUGAAUCUAGGUCAAGGUUUUCCAGAUUUCAUGGCCCCUGAACAUGUUGUACAAUGUUUAAAAGACGCAGUCUGCAGUGACACUCCUGGAGUGCACCAAUACACUCGAAGCUUUGGUCAUCCAAGGCUGGUCAGUGCACUAGCCCAGCUCUAUGAGCCUAUAUUUGGCCGACAGAUUGAUCCAAUGACAGAAAUAUUGAUCUCAAUUGGAGGCUAUGGAUCUUUGUUUAGUAUUAUCCAAGGCUUAGUGAACCCCGGUGAUGAGGUGAUAAUUAUUGAGCCAUUUUUCGACUGUUAUAUGCCAAUGGUGAAAGCAGCUUGUGGAGUACCUGUCUUUGUACCACUCAGGCCUACAGCAGCUGGUCAAGUGACGUCCAGCGCAGACUGGAAGCUGGAUGAGAGUGAACUGAGCAGCAAGUUUAACAGCAAAACUAAAUUAAUCAUUCUCAACACUCCUAACAAUCCCCUGGGCAAGGUUUUCAAAAAAGAAGAGUUACAAGUCAUAUCUGACCUAUGUAAGAAACAUGAUGUUGUGUGCAUAGCUGAUGAAGUGUAUGAGUGGAUGACAUAUGAUGACAACAGACAUGUCAGAAUAGCCACUUUACCGGACAUGUGGGAGCGUACAGUGACUAUUGGUAGCGCUGGUAAGACCUUCAGUGUGACUGGCUGGAAGCUAGGAUGGACCAUUGGGCCAAAACACUUGGUGCACUGUGCACAGAUCAUGCACCAAAAUUGCGCAUACACCUGCCCAACACCAAUGCAGGAAGCUGUAGCAAGGGGCCUAGAGGUGGAAAUAUCUCGUCUCGGUACUCCAGAAAGUUAUCUCACUUCGCUGGCUAAAGAGCUCCAACCCAAGAGAGAUUACUUGGCCAGUGUUCUUGCCGAGGUUGGCAUGAAACCUGUGGUCCCUCAAGGUGGAUACUUCAUGAUGGCAGAUUAUUCAAAUCUGGUGUCUGACUUACCAGAGAGUGAUGAAGCCAAAGAUUUCAGAUUUGUCAAAUGGAUGACUAUCAAUAAGAAACUGACUGUCAUUCCACCAACUGCAUUCUACAGUAAGGAACAUGAGCACAUGGUAGAUAACUAUGUCAGGUUUUGUUUUAUAAAGAAGGACAGUACACUGCAACAAGCUGCACAAAUACUCAAACACUGGAAUGAUUGACACCAACCAGGCUGCUAGCUACUUGUACUCAGACUGUGUUAGCUACUCAGGUAGAUUGGUAAUUGGACGAUCGUUAGUGAUGGUGCAAUGAUGAUGGUUAUUGAUGGUGCUUUCCAAAAUUGUUAUCCCAACAUUUUCGACAUGUUAUAUUUUGAUAUUCUUAACUUUUUACACGAAUGUUGUUGUGUUUUUUUUUAACAGAAAUUAUUUUUAAUAACCAUAUUAAGUUAAUUUGAUGUAUGAAGAUAUGAAUUUUUUUUGUACAAGUUUUUUUUUGUGUUAAAUUUGUUCCUGUAAGGAAGUCUGGUUAUUUUUUUCUGGUGUCAAUGAAGAAAGUUAAAAUCAUUUUGAGAUCUUUAAGAAGUUAACAAUGUGGUCAGUAAAAUGAUCUUGGAGGGUUCAGUGAACUAGUCACGACAUUGCCCAGAUUGUGCAGAUGUGCCAUAAACAUUAGAACGUAAGAAUGUGCCAUAAACAUUAGAACGUAAGAAUUGCAAGGCACUGACUUGACCUAAAUGCUAAUGUUUUUAUAAACUAAGGAACAAAAUGGGGAGGCUCUGGCCUUAUGGUGUGACCUCAGUUCUAGUGCAGAUUGGCCAAGAAAUGAAUAAGUGUGUCGACUGUUUCAAACUUACUUGCUCCAGAUGUCACUCAUCGUCUCAUCUUUCCCUUUUGUCAUAGGGAUGCUCCCUCCAUUUUUUCCUGUCCGCAGCUGUUCCUGUAUCGAGAGAGAGAGGCCAUUCUUUUACAUUGUCCAGCCAGCUUUUCUUUGGACGACCCUUUCUUCAUGCUCGCUCCACUGGACCUUGAAAGAUGACUUUUGACAGUGAGUCGUGUUUCACAAAACGACCAAACCAGCUCAGCUUUUGUCUCUUCACAGUCAGGUCAUGUGCCGAGGAAAUGUUUCUGUAACAACGGCAGAUUGCGUCACCCCCCAACCCCCACCCUACUUUGAAAUGACACUUGGAAUUGAAGCGAUUGAGACAUUUCUGUUACCUUUUUAUUGUCUGAAUGUUAGAUGCCAGUUUUUUGUCUGAUACACGGCAAGUUCAAAGAUUUUUAAGAGAUGUCAGUUGUACCAAUCAGAUUUCUGAACUUAUUUACAACCGAUUGAAAUGAGUUUUGUUUUAUUUUGUACAAAGCAUUUAUCCGCUUCUCGUUACUUGAUUUGAACUACACAUAGUCAUGUUUUGCUAAAAAUGUCAAAUAGUUGUUGGACUGGUAACAUAAUCAGAAAUACACUUUUUGAAUCUCUA